AAAGGUGAUGAAGGAUUUUUAAAAUUUUUCAUUUUUCUUCAUUUACACAUUUUUGCAUUCAUCGUUUCUUUAUCCUUAACGUCCGCCUGUAAAAAAUGUCCCUUUAUCACAAAAGAGAGCUUCAGAAGAAUUCGGAGCUUUAUGUUUCUUGCGUUGUGACGAUCUCGACAAUCCCCCUGUUAAUUCGACACGUGAUUGAGAGGACCGCCUAUCAUCAAAUUGGUUUGACGUACUAACUUUAAAAGGUGAUGCGUAUCCGGCCAAUAGCGUUUUCUUACUAAACUUUUAGACGAAAAUGCAAAUAGUUGGUUGCUUACCGUUCGGCCACCGAUUAUACAACUAAAUUUGAGUUCAGAAAAAUUAAGAACAUCCUGUGUAAAAACAGGUUGCCAUUAUUUUGGCGUGUCACAGUCUCGUCUGGAACAGUGAAGGCCGGACGUGUUUUAAACGGAAGACAAGUAGAACAAGGAAACGAGUAAGAAACCAUUGGGGCUUCUUUCGGCCGCUAAACCAGUCGUCAAAUAAAAAUAUCUUCCGGUUGGGGAUUUCUUCAAGUCAUUCCAAAAUAGAUCACUGUCUAUCCGCAUUCGUUUAUGGAUGUCUACAUAGCGGUCGAUAAUUUGGCAAAUAGUGGAACGCUUAAACGUCCGCGCACGUACUGCACCGAUUGAUAAUUGUUUUAUUUGGUUUGUGUUUUUACAGGUGAAACGGUAUAUAAAGACAUGGCGAGCGGACAGAAAAGACACAGAACCAGCGCAGUGUUUGAAGUAGCUUGACUUCUUUAGCAACAUGCAGCAUUCCAAGAAUAUUUUAACUCGAGUGGUUUUCAUUGCCACUACCACUGCGAUUGUUUUGAUGCUCUGCGCACCGGUGGAAGUUGGUGCUAAAAAAGCGCAUUCUUUGGUCACUAGCACCGUCACGGUGACUGUAACGUCCACUGAUAAGAAAAUUUGUGGAAAGCUGGUCAACGUCACUGCUGCCUGUCGUCGCCGUCGUAAUUUUGAAUUCGAGAGGCCUGAAAUCUUGACAUUUGAUGAAGACAUUGACGAAGCGAUCGACUUGGCCUUUAAGAAUUUUUACGUUACCAAACAAUUUGCUCCUACCAAAACACUUGGUAUGGAAGUGACACCGUUGGUCUAUUUGCCGCCUCUGAAGGCAUCUGCACGUAAACCGCAGAUUGCGAGCUUCCACCCUGGUGUUGAAUCGUCGAUGCCAACUUUUGUGUUUGACAGCCGAAACAAGAACCCUUACCUACACCCGAGUGUCUAUCAACAACACCAAGCCGAACUACAGAAGCAACAGAUCGAACAAGAGCAGCGUGUUUUUUUCUCCGUCCUAUCGCUUGGCAACGUGUUCAAUAAUAAGGUCACCGCAACAUACACUACACAUACUACAAUAACAAAAACGGAAGUCAAGAGUACUGAAGCCACCUUCUUCGUCGUGGGAUGCACGCCCAAUCCGUUCCCGUUCAGCGUUUGCUCUGGUAAACGUUAAAAAGAAACGAUGACUUUGGAAAAUCGCACUCGAAAUUAUUGCUAUGGCGGAAAGUAAUUUGACAGCCACGAUACUGUUUGGAGAUUAAUUCAUUUUAAUUUAAAUUACUUUUUUCUUAGUAUUAUCUAGUUGAUUGUUUAAGUUAAUAUUUAAUUCUUCACAUUUCUGUCGAAUUUUUUAACAUUGAAAUACACUUGCUUGCAGAUU